AUGACAACACACUCUCUCCAGCCCGUGGACAACGUCGUCCACGGCCGCCUGGCAUUGGUCACCGGCGCAACGUUAGCCAUCUCCUUCCUGCCCGUACAUGCACCCGAACAAAAGCAUCCGGAUACUAACUUGCCACGCAAUACCAACAGCGGAGGCAUCGGCUCGGCGUGUGCCAAAGCCCUCGCCGCGGAAGGAUGCGAUGUUGUCCUUCACUACUCAUCCAGCCAAGAAAAGGCAGACACCCUCGUUAACGAACUCCAACGGCUUCAUCCGAAACAACUCUUUAGCACGGCCCGCGCAGACCUCUCCUCUCGCGAAGCCACCCGCCUGCUGGUCCCCGACGUGCUCUCCAACCCUGCCAUCAGCGUCAGACACAAGGCCAUCUCCAUCCUGGUCGCUAAUGCCGGCACAGGCCGCCGCAUCAGAGACAUCAAGGACAUUGAGGAAGACGACUGGGACCUCACCUUGGAGAUUAAUGCGCGGAGCCAGUUUGUCGUCACCAAGGCGUGCCUGCCGGGCAUGAGGGGGCAAGGCUGGGGGCGGGUGAUUCUGGUGGGCAGCAUCGCGAGCAGGGGAGGGGGCAUCAACGGGUGUCAUUACGCAGCGAGCAAAGGCGCCAUGACGUCAAUGGGGUUGAAUCUGGCGACGAUUCUGGCCCCCGAAGGCGUCACGGUUAAUAUUGUCCAACCCGCCAUGAUAGGCGCCACGGGCAUGAUUCCCACGCCAAAGGCAACUACCUGGCAAAGCAACACCGACCCGGAAGAACUUAGGUCGACGGAUCCGGGUCUCGCUAUUGCCAGCAGCGUGCCCGUCCACAGACUGGGAGCGCCUGAAGAAGUGGCAAACAUCGUCGUCUUGUGA